CUUACAGAAAGAGCCACAGUUUUCGGUUCCAUGGCAAAAAAACCUCUGGUCAAGGGGGCAUUAUUGGUAUUUUCCGUUUGAUUAAUAAUCGUCAAAAUCAAUAAUUACACAAUUUCUGUUAUUUUUGGUCUCUCUCUUCCUCUCAGGACUCACAACCCUAAUUAGGGCACUGCUUAUCCACGCCCCAACAGCCAACACUAUCCCCACCAACAAAUCUAGGGUUCCGACGAUGAUGCAACCGGCAGCCACCAUGGUCCCCCCUCCGAUGGCCCCACCUCCGUACCAGCAACAACCGCCGCAGCAGCCAUCUCAACCUUGGAUGGGGCAGCACCCUCAGCAACCCCCGUACCAGGUUCAUCCACCUCAGCAGCCGCCCGCCGCCGGGUAUUAUUAUCAGCAGCCAGGCGCCGUCCCGCCGCAUCCGUACGCCGCCGCGCCAACGGCUCAGGCUCAGCCGAUAGCGGAUGAUGGGAUCCGGAGCCUGUGGAUUGGAGAUCUGCAAUACUGGAUGGACGAGCAGUAUUUGUACAACUGUUUUGCGACCACCCGGGAGGUAGUGAAUGCUAAAGUUAUCCGUAACAAGCAAACUGGCCAAUCAGAAGGUUAUGGAUUCAUUGAGUUUGUUAGUCAUGCUGCUGCAGAGAGGAACCUGCAGACAUACAAUGGCAGCUUAAUGCCAAAUGUCGAACAAACCUUCAGAUUGAACUGGGCAUCCAUGGGAGCUGGGGAAAAGCGUGAUGAUGCUCCUGAGUACACCAUAUUUGUUGGAGAUCUGGCUGCUGAUGUAACUGAUUACAUGCUUCAGGAGGCUUUCAGAGCCAAUUAUCCUUCAGUAAAGGGUGCCAAGGUUGUCACGGAUAGAAUAACAGGACACCCCAAGGGCUAUGGUUUUGUGAAGUUUGGUGAUGAAAGUGAACAAUUACGUGCCAUGACUGAGAUGAAUGGGAGAUUAUGUUCCACUAGGCCUAUGCGAAUUGGUCCAGCUGCCAACAAACAAAAAAUGGGUGGUCAGACAAAAGCCUCAUACCCGACUUCUCAAGGGACGCCAAGUGAGGAUGAUCCAUCGAACACAACUAUCUUUGUAGGGAAUUUGGACUCCAAUAUCACAGAUGAACAUCUCAGGCAGUUGUUUGGACAACAUGGACAGUUACUUCAUGUAAAGAUACCCAUGGGCAAACGAUGUGGUUUUGUUCAAUUUGCUGACAGAAGCUGUGCUGAGGAAGCUCUACGAGCGUUAAAUGGAACCCAGUUGGGAGGUCAGAGCAUUCGACUCUCAUGGGGCCGCAGCCCUGCAAACAAACAGGUUGACCCUAACCAAUGGAGUAGUAGUGGAUAUUAUGGCUACACUUCGGGUUAUGAAGCCUAUGGAUAUGCUUCAGCAGCAGCACAGGAUCCGAAUAUGUAUUAUGCGAACUAUCCUGGAUAUGGAAGCUACCCACAGCAACCACAACAGCAGCAGCAGAUAUUGCAACAGCCUCAGUGAGAUCUACAUGGUGAAGGGAUUUUGACAAGAGUGUGUUGAUGCAGCUUUUGGUCUAUUAGAGAGGAUGGUCUUUGCAUAUGAUCUAGCAGCAGUGAUGGAGUGUGUACAAUUAAUGGUGGCUUGAUGGUGUUUUCAAUUUGAUGACUGGAGUUUUUGUUGAAUCUAAUUUGGAUUGGAUUUUUUAUUUUUAUUUUUAUUGGGACUUCUUAUCUGAAAAGAUGGAUCUGGUUCUGGUUGAUUUCACGUCUGUUCUAUACUGAAUAUUUCAUGAUUCAAGCAUUUGCUUACUCCGUUCUCAGUUAUUUAUUGCGGUAUACGUUUUUUUUUUCUUGGCAUUGUGAUAA